UAUGAUAUCUAUAUAUUAUAUAAAGAUAGUGCCUUCAGUGCCUUGAACUCAUAAAUUUAAGAAGUAAAGACUAAGGAUCACACCAAGGAUAGAAGCCACUAUCUUAGGUAGUAUUGGAAUAAUUGUUGUCUUUUGUUUAGUACAAUUUUGUUAGUAACUCGUCAUGGCUUUGCGAAUACUUUUCAAAAACACUACACUAAGAAAUAGAAUGUCUUUGCAAUUAAAUAACUUAAUAUGCAAACGUGAUUCAUCAUAUCGUUCAAGCCCAAUAGCUAAAGACCCAUCAUAUUAUGCCAAGUAUGAAGUAUCAUCUUCUCCAGAAGAAUGGAAAUUUGUUGAGAGACUACUUCCGUCAACUUUCAUACCAGCACCAUCUGACAGAAAAGAUUUGCCAUCAGGAUGGCAGCCACAAACAGCAACAUUUGGAAAAUAUCCUUACUUCGUCCAUCGUACACGCAAUCAUAUGUUACCUGUAUAUCUUAAAAUUUCCAUGAGAGGAACAAGACGUAUAACUCAAAUAAAUAAUGUAGAUGGCAACAUAUGGGCGUUAGAAGAAGCCUUGAAGAAAUAUUUAACUAGAGUGUAUGGAGAUAAAAAAAUAAUAGCUACUAAAGUACAUGAAGUAUGUGGUCAUUUAUGUAUUCAUGGGGAUCAUGUAUCAAAAGUUAAUGAAUGGUUACUCAAGAAAGGUUUGUAAAGAAAAUAACAGAACACAUAAAAAAAAAAAAAAUGUAAUAUAAAAAUUAAUUUA